AUGGCACGUCAACUGAUUGAUAGAAUUCCUCAACCAGACUUGGUUGCCUGGAAUGCACUCAUUCCUGGUUAUUUGUCGAACGGAUUGAAUUGGGAAGCGUUUGAUGUUUUUGACGAGAUUCUCGUUAUGGAUUUGAAGCCGAAUUUGAGCACUCUGGCCACUGUUAUUCCUGUUUGCACUCGCUUGGGGUGUAUGCAUACCGGUAAGUCCCUACAUUGCUUUGCUAUCAAAUCUGGUUACUUGUCGAAUAAUUUUUUGGUUCCUGCUUUGAUUUCAAUGCAUGCCGGGGAUGGGGAUUUGUGCGGUGCUAGAAACUUGUUUGAUUCUGUACCGGAAAAGAAUGUUAUUGUUUGGAAUGCUAUGAUUUCUGCAUACACACAAAUGCAGAAGGCCAUCUCAGCUUUUGAGAUGUUCCGAUGUAUGCUUCGGGUUGACUUGCAGCCUAAUUUCGUCACCUUCGUGUCCGUUAUUCCCUCAUGUGAGAAUUCCAGUAGCCUUUCUUUCGGCGAGUCCCUUCAUGCUUGUGUUAUUAAACAUGGAUCAGAAAAUCAAUUGCCAGUCCUAACAGCCCUUGUAUCAAUGUAUGCCAAGCUUGGAGACACUGAUUCAUCCCGGUAUCUUUUCGAGCCAAUGCCCAGUAAAAACCUUCUUUUGUGGAACUCAAUGAUUUCUGGGUACAUGUACAACGGGCUAUGGAAUUUAAGUCUCGGUGUAUUUCGUGAAAUGCAAUUUUCAGGGUCUGUUCCAGAUGCAGUCUCCAUCGUUAGUGUUCUUUCUGCGUGCUCCAAACUUGAGGCGGAUUUAGUGGGGAAGUCUGUGCAUGCAUUUAGUAUUAGGAAGGGUUUCCUCUCAAAUCUCAAUCUGUCAAAUGCCCUGUUGGCAUUUUACUCUGAUUGUCAUCGCCUCUCCUAUUCAAUUACUUUGUUGCGUGAAAUGCCUACAAAAAAUUCCAUAACAUGGAACACGUUAAUAUCCUGUUGUGUGCACCACUGCGAGAUGGAAAAGGCGGUUGCCUUUUACUACCAGAUGCAGAAAGAGGGCUUCCAGUUGGACUUAGUCACCCUGAUAAGCAUACUCCCUAGUCUCAGUGAGAAGAAAAGCUUAGGGCAAGGAAUGGCUAUUCAUUGUUACACUAUAAAAUACGGGUUCUCUGCCGACAUCUCUCUGGCAAAUUCACUUAUUAGCAUGUACUGCAACUGUGGAGACCUUGAUGCCGGGAGGUUACUUUUCAAAGUCAUGCCAACGAGGAGUGUGGUGUCUUGGAAUGCUCUGAUGACUGGCUUCCGAAACCACAAUUUACAGAAUGAGGUUUGGGUCUUGUUUGGUGAAAUGAUAAAGGAUGAUGAGAGACCAAAUUAUGUAACUUUGCUAAAUUUAUUGCCAGCAUGCCGCACACAAUUACAGGGUAAGUCUAUCCAUGCUGUCGCCUUCAGAACCGGAAUUGUACAAGAAACCCCUCUCCUUACAUCACUUAUGUUCAUGUAUGCUAGAUUUGAGAACAUUAACUCUUGCCUGUUACAGUUCCAAACGGGAAACAUGAAGGAUAUUUCGUUGUGGAAUGCAAUUUUGUCUGUGCAGAUACAAACUAAAAAUAGCGAAAUUGCAGUUUCAUUUUUCCGCGGAUUGCUUCGGAUGGGAUUGGAACCCGACAAUGUGACAGUUCUGAGUUUAGUUUCUGCUUGUGUUCAACUCAAUAGCCUCAAUCUAGCAGAUUGUGUAACGGCGUACAUAAUACGAAAAGGCUUUGACAAAGAUCUGGUUAUCAGUAAUGCCCUAAUCAAUAUGCUUGCAAGAUGCGGAAACAUAUUGAGUGCAAGGAAGCUGUUUGAAGGGCUGGUUGAAAAGGAUUCCGUGUCUUGGAAUGUGAUGAUUAAUGGAUACGGUCUGCACGGGGACGGUGAAGGUGCCCUAGAUCUUUUCUUGCAGAUGAAGCUUUCAGGAGUAAAACCCAAUGGGAUUACAUAUUCAAGUAUUCUAUCAGCCUGCAGCCAUUGCGGCUUGGUCGAGCAAGGCCGGUUGGUAUUCAACUCUAUGGCGGAACAUGGGAUAUCACCCGAAAUCGAGCAUUAUGCCUGCAUGGUGGAUCUUCUCGGAAGAACAGGUAACCUGACUGAGGCUUAUGCCAUUGUUAGGGCACUGCCCUUUAAACCUUCAACAAGUAUGCUUGAAUCUUUGUUGGGGGCCUGUAGAAUCCAUGAGGAUGUUGAACUUGGCGAAAGAAUUGGUAGGAUGCUUUCGGAAUCGGACCCGGAAAACUCGAGAUCACAUGUGAUGCUUUACAAUGUGUAUGCAGCAGCUGGGAGGUGGGGAGAUGCUGAGAGAGUGAGGUCUGAGAUGGACGAAAGACAACUGAGAAAAGUACCUGGAUUUAGUCUUGUCAUGGGAAAUGGAUUCAAUGAUAAGGAAGUGUAUUGA